AUGACCAUCGCGAAAGUUCUCACCGCCGUCGUGUCGUGCGCGACGGCGCUCAUGCUCGUGCACAUCAUUCCGGACCUUCUCUCCGUGAAGACCCGCGAGCUGUUUUUGAAGAAUAAAGCCGCGGAGCUGGAUCGCGAGAUGGGGUUAAUCCGCACGCAGGAGGAGACGGGGCGCCACGUGCGCAUGCUGACUCACGAGAUCCGGUCGUCUCUGGACCGGCCGACGAUCCUCAACACGACGUUGGUGGAGCUGGGGCGCACGCUGCAGCUCGACGAAUGCGCGCUCUGGAUGCCCGCCAACCUCGCGGGCGAUGACGACGAGGAGGACGGUGGCGGGUCCCCAUCAGAUCUGCAGCUCAUUCACACGCUGCAUCAGCCCAAGCCCCCGCCAGUCACCGUCACGCUCGCACACCCCACGGUCAAACAAGUCUUCAGCACCAGCCGGGCUGUCGUCAUCUCGCCCAACUCCCCCGUCACGGCUAUCCCGGGCGGCGGCGGCCGCGCGGGCGGCAACCGCUACGUGGCCGGCGACGUGGUCGCGGUGCGCAUCCCACUGCUGCACGCCAACACGUUCACGGGCGGCGGGGCGGGCGGCGCGGGCGGCAACGACUGGCAGGACUCGCGGGAGAGGAGCUACGCUCUCCUCGUCCUCAUGCUCCCAGCCGACAGCGCGCGGCGCUGGCACGUGCACGAGCUAGAAAUGGUAGAAGUGGUAGCGGAUCAAGUGGCGGUCGCACUCUCACACGCGGCGAUCCUAGAAGAGUCAAUGCACGCUCGGGAUCUUCUCAUGGAGCAGAACGUGGCUCUCGACCACGCGCGGGCUCAAGCCGAGAAAGCCAUCCGCGCGCGAAACGAUUUCCUGGCCGUUAUGAACCACGAGAUGCGCACACCCAUGCACGCCAUCAUCGCUCUCUCCACGCUUCUCCAGGAGACUGAACUGACCCCGGAGCAGCGCAGCAUGGUUGACACGGUGCUGAAAUCCAGUAACCUGCUCGCGACACUCAUUCACGACGUGCUGGACCUCUCCCACCUGGAAGACGGUAGCAUGCUGCUCGACGUGCGCACCUUCAACCUCCACGGUACCUUCCGGGAGGUUGCCUCGCUGGUGAAACCGGUCGCCUCGGUUAAGAAACUCGGCGUGACGCUAAGGUUGCAGUCGGAUGUGCCGGAGUUUGCGGCCGGGGAUGAGAGGAGGUUGCUGCAGACGGCGCUGAACGUGGUGGGCAAUGCCGUGAAGUUCACGCGGGAUGGCAGCAUCACCAUUACUGUGUGCCUGGAGCGGCCGGAGUUUCAGCGCGACAAGAACUUUCCCAAGUUUGUGCCGGUGGUGGCGCUGGGGGAUAAGCACUACUACAUUCGUGUGCAGGUGAAGGACACGGGAGUGGGGCUGAGGCAGGAGGACCAGAGGAAGCUGUUCAGCAAGUUCGUGCAGGCAGACGCCACCACCACGCGCAACUACGGCGGCACUGGUUUGGGACUCGCCAUUUGCAAGCGAUUCGUGAGCAUGAUGGGGGGGCACAUCUGGGUGGAGAGCGAGGGCCCGGGCAAGGGCACGACGGUGACGUUUGUGGUGCGCCUGGGGCUGCCAGAGAAGGCCGACGACCGCAACAAGGCGGGCAACGCGGGGCAGAAGCAGGCUGCGGGAGGGGCUGGUGGGGCCACCAAGGCUGUGGAUUUCACUGGGCUCAAAGUGCUCGUGUGUGACGAUAACCAUGUGAACCGCAUGGUGACCAAGCGCAUGGUCACACGUCUGGGAUGCGAGGUCACUGUGGUGGGGUCGGGCCGCGAGUGCCUUGCGGCUCUUGCCGGCCCGGGCCAUGGCUUUAAGGUGCUACUCCAGGAUCUGAUGAUGCCAGAUAUGGAUGGUUACGAGGUGGCGAAGCGAGUCAUCGACCGGAUCAAGAACCCCGACGAGCGGCCGCGCAUAGCAGCGCUGACAGCCAACACGGACCAGGCCACCAAGGACCGCUGCCUCAGCAUCGGCAUGGACGGGGUGAUCACCAAGCCCAUCUCGCUGGAGAAGAUGCGCAUUGUCUUCACGGAGCUCAUGACCCUCGGGAAGAUCGUGUCCGAUCCCAAGGCCUAA